AUGUAUUUCAAUAGACUAGCAGGGAUUUCCAGCCACGUGCACCGGGCGGUGUUACGGCCAAGGGCCUGGGCCCGCUCGUACCAGUUUUCGGUGAACGAGGGCGACUAUCUAGGCGACGCUCUCUCCCUCGAAAUCAAAACCGUGCCCCUAGAGUUCGAUAAGCACGAGCCGCAGAACAAGCCGGAAUCUUCGAAAUCGCCCCUAGUCUUUCUCCAUGGCAUUUUUGGGCUGCGUUCCAACACUAGGACCGUAGCUAGGCAACUAGCAAACAGCAUGGGCCGGGAUGUCUUCUGUCUCGACCUCCGUAAUUUUGGCGACUCGCCCCAUUUUGACAGACUCGACUACCCGGCGCUAGCCGCCGACGUGGAGCGCUUUGUGGACGAGCAGAAGUUCGAACACAAGCCCGUCUUGGUGGGCCAUUCCAUGGGUGCCAAAACCGCCAUGGCCGUGGCCUUGCGCCGGCCCGACCUUCCUAAAAUGGUUGUUUCUGUAGACAACGUGCCUGUGGCCACGCUUGCUGUGCAGCUGCUGUUUCCCAAGUACAUCCGCCAGCUCAGGCAUUCGCUCGAGGUGGAAAAACGCACGAAAAUGAGCGACGUGGACGCGGACUUGGCGCAGGUCGAGCCCACCAAGGAAAUCCGCCAGUUCAUCUUGAAGAACGUGAGGUCGGGGCUGCGCACCGAUGUGUGUCGGUCGAAAAUCCCGCUUGAAACCAUCGCCAAUGCCGUGGUCAAGGGGAACAUAGCUAACUGGCCCUACGACCAUCACGUGGCCAAGUGGACAAAGGGGCCUGCCUUGUUCAUUCGAGGCACCAACUCACCCUACGUGCCGGACGAGGCAAUUGCAGACAUUGCCAACUACUUCCCGCAGUUCGAGGUCAGGGACAUCGAGGCUGGCCACUGGGUGAUUAGCGAAAAGCCGGCUGAGUUCAUGGAUGUCUUGCAGGAGUUUGUGGAGCGGAAGGAGGACGGCGAGAUGGAGCUCGACUCGUUUUUGUCGUAA